AUGGCGCCCACAAUCCACGCCGCAAAAUUGACCCUCUCGUGCCCGCUGUUCGCGGCCGAGUUCGAUCCGCGCAGCGAUAAGUUCCUGCUCGUGGGCGGCGGCGGCGGCGAGGGGCGUAGCGGAUCUCUCCUCGAGACGUCGCAUCGUCACGAUAUCUCCGAGGCUGUCGAGCUGGAUCUGUCGCGCGAUGAAGACUCUGUGACGUCGCUGGCUGCCGCACCGCAGCCCGGCGAUAUGGAGGGCUCGCUUGUCGCGCUGGCCGGAAUUAAUAGCUCUCUCGAGCAGCAGAAGAAGAAGAACAACCAGCAUCUGCGCGCGUUUCGGUUCGAUGCCCCGCGGAAGACCCCGGCUCUGGCGACGACAGGGACACAAAAAGAUCAGGACGACCAGGGCGAAGCAAAGCCGGACGACAAGAAGGAGGAGGAUGAAAAGACAAAACAGCAGCUAGAAGAGGAGUUGAUCCCUGGUGCCGCGGCGGCUCUGUCGCGCGCGUCGCUCUUCCGCACCAAGAAUGGGCCCCAGGCCGCAGAUACAUAUCAACGAAUGUUGAGGCUGUCGCCGUGGCGCAAGACAAGGGAUGCAUCCCAGCAUAUUGCCAGGAUCGGAGCCAUUGCGACGGGGCUGGCGCCGUCUGGUGAAAUUGUCUUCUUCCGCGCAACCGAGACCCCGAGCGAGUCGGAUGUCAUUGGCCGUAUCCGACUCGGCGACAACGAGGAGGCCGAGGAUAUCGACUUUGCCAGCCUGGAAUUCGACCCGGACCAGGGCAAGGAUGCACGCAACCGGUUCCGUUUUGCAUAUACCACAGGCACGGACGUGAUGGUCGGCGAGAUCUCGGCGUCGGCCGCGACAUCCAAUGCGGCACCCGACGUUCGCUGUGUCUAUACCAUCCCGCUGCCGGCGACUGGAGUGCGCAAAGCACGCCCCAAGUUCCGGGCGCUGCGGUUCCUCUCGCCGACAACGCUGCUUUUGCUGCAGAACGCGCCGGACCGCGGCGGCAGCGAGCUGGUUCUCCUGCAGCUGCCGACGGCCGCAUCGACUACAGCACGGAUUCUGCGGCGGCGUCGGCUGCCGCGGGCUGUCAAGAUCGCACUGGGGCUCGACAUCUGUCCGCUGGGUACCAACCCGCAGGGCCAGCAACAAACUAUUAUCGCGACCAGCGGCAGCGAUCACUCGAUCUCACUGUGGACGCUGGAGUACGGACCCAACCGUGGGUACGGCCUGUGUUUCUCGACAUUCAUCGCGCCGGCACACCCCAUCACGCCCGACGUCGGCCCCCAGCACGUCAAGCUGGCAUCGGUCAGCAUGGGCAACACGGUAGUCGUGCACACGCUGCCGCUAUCACCAUUCCCAACCUCGUCGCGCACCCCACGCUACGUCCUGGUGAUGCCAGGCCCCGCCGAGGUAUGGGAGCUCGUCUACAGCGCCGUCGUGCUGCUCGGCUCACUCAUAGCCAUCUGCGUCGCCCUCCUCGCCUUCGCCGAGAUCCGCGGCGGCACCCCGCCCGUGCUCGGCGCCGCCAACUGGCUGCCAUCCGGCCUCCGCCAGUCCAUCGCCAACGAAUACAUCCCACCGGCACCAGGCCGCGGCUCCUUGUUCGAUUCAUUGCUCGCCCCGCAACGGUCCUCCGCCCCUGUUGCCGCCGUCCCCGAUUCCGGCCCGGCUAUUGACAGCCUCCGCGAUAUCCUGGACCGCGUCCACGCCGCCGGCGCCGCCCCCGUUGAUCUCGACGUCGCCCCGCCGCAGUCUCUCUCCGUGAUUGUGCGCUGCAAUGAGCACGGCCCGGGCCCCGCGCAGAGCGUCCUGAUUGAGACUGCCGAGUCGGCCUCAGUCGAGUCCGAGUCCGAAUCUGAUAAACUGCGCGCCUGGCGGGAUCUGUCGCUGCAGGACCAGACUGCCUGGAAACGUCGACUGACGGAUGCUGGUCGCUGGGCUGCUAGUGAGGGCGAGACGGUUCUGCAGGGUGUGCUGUUUAGCGAGGUGUGUGGUCGGCUUGGUGAUUGGGUAAGAGAGGAACUGCCCUGA